AUGUCUGAGCAGCCUCCGUCUCCCACCGCCGCUGCGGAUACGGCCCGGUCCGAUCUAGCGGCGGCCGUUGAGUCGGCUCCGGCGCCGCAGCCAGAGUUAGUUCCCGCUGCUGAUCCACAGGACGACGAGAGCGAGACCGACUCUGCUGUUGGUGAUGAUGCGGCAAGCUCCACUGCUUCCAUCACAUCCAGCAUUCUUGAGUACCGUACCAUCCAGGGCAGGACAUUCCACAGUGAUAGACAUCCUACUGAGUACUUUACUCCCAACGACGAGCAGCAGUCUGCCUCGAUUGACAUCAACCAUCAGGCUUUGACUCUGCUUCUCGGUGGAAAGCUGUUCCUUGCACCUGUGAAGCCCAACGUGCAGAAAGUACUUGAUGUCGGAACUGGAACCGGUAUCUGGGCUAUUGACUUCGCGGACGAGUACCCCGAGGCCGAAGUUAUCGGCUCCGACCUCUCUCCUAUUCAACCAACCUGGGUCCCUCCCAACGUUAAGUUCGAGAUUGACGACGCCACCCUCCGCUGGACAUGGGACGACAACACCUUCGACUUCAUUCACAUCCGCUACCUCUUCGGCGCCAUCAAGGAUUGGACCGCUAUCUUCAAGGAAGCCUACCGCUGCUGCGCGCAAGACGGCUGGAUCCAGUCCGGCGAGGCCGACGUCCACAUUCGCAGCGAUGACGGAACUACCGAUGACAUCGACUGUUUGAAGAUCUGGGCCAAGCUCUUCUCCGAGGGUGGUGCCAAGCUUGGAAACCCUUUCUUCGUGCAGGAGGACGAUUUGCAGGAGAAGGGUAUUCACGAGGCUGGCUUCACUGAUAUCAAGAGCAUUGAGUACAAGUUCCCCAUUGGUGGUUGGGCCAGGGACUCCGAGCUUCGUGAGGUCGGUAACUUCGUCCGCGCCACUCUCGAAAACGAUCUGGAAGGAUACACUCUGCUUCUCUGGAAGACCAUCCUUCAAUGGCCCGACGAUGAGUACCAGGUUUUCCUCAUGGAGAUGCGCAAGUUCCUCCGCAACCGCAAGGCUCAUCCCUACAUGACUGUUCGAUACGUUUACGGUCGCAAGGCUGAGGCUACCUGA